AUGCAUUAUCGUAUGCUCAUCCUAUUCCUUUUGAUACCCACCAUACUCUGUAGUACUCUACAGUACGGAGAAGAUGAUUACGAAGAUUUUAUGCAUCCAUUGUAGGUUCUUUUAAAACGUUACUUAUUUUUAAAAAUGGCCGAAUUUUUCUAAAUGUUGGCUUUAAAAUUACGGUAAUUAUAAGGUACUGUAAUUCAUUUUAAGAUACUGUAAUUUAUUUUAUGCUAAAUUACUUAAAGAAGUAUAGUUUAGAACCCUGAAUGUAAAUGAUCUUCUACAAGACGAAAGAUAUAAUGGAUCCGAGUUCAAAAUGGCUGUCGUCUACCCUGUCUUUCACAAUUUUACUGUUUUUAUUACAGUAGGUAGAGAUACCGUAAGACAAACUGAUCAUGAAAUUACAAAGUAAGUUUGUUUUUUUCUGCAGACUGUUAUCAACCUAUGUCACGCUAGCUUUGAAAGUUACCGUAGAUUUUACAAGCAAAAUUUCGAUUUUUAGCUGUUUUUCGGUCGAUACUGUGCCAGAAAUCUGUAUGGUACUAAACAUCAACAGCCAAACGACACUGGCUUCAGAAUGCACAUACUACUUCAAUAUUGAAAAGGGUUAUCUUAGUAUGUUUUGUAGCUUUACCUUAUCUAUAACACAUUCUAUACCAUUUUUCAGUAGCAAAUAUUUUACAGUAGCUUACACCUGCAGUUACGGUAUAAUAUUAACCUAUACAAUACUACUUUUAGAAAAAAACGCUAAGACAGCAACCUGGCAAGGGAAAGAGACAAUCAAGGUACAGAUACCAUCCCGCCCAGACGCUCCUUACUUCACUCUAAAAAUAACAGUAACCCGCGAAGGCAUGGUAUACGGUAACGACAUAUGGAUAGGAGAGCUACAAAAUCGUACAGUAAUCAUUCAAGACGAAAAAAGAUUCGACGUUUACAGAACAAAGCUAACCAACUUGGCUUACUGUAUUGUGAACUUCCCUUUGGAAGGAUAUGUGGUAUCAACUCAAGGCAGCAUAGCUUUUUUGACUCAUCAGAUGGCCGAGAAUCAAGAAUACAAAAGUAAAGUGGCUUGGAAUGAACCUGAUUUGGCUGUUCAAGGAUCUUGUCUGCCUAUUUUUAUGGUUUUCUACGUUUUGUAAGUUUAAAUUUUAAAGUUUUAGGCCAAAAAAAGUAAAUUUUUUACAAUAUUAUAGUAAAUUGACAUUUUUUUGUAUAUGAUAGGUAACAUUAAAAAAUUUAUUUUUAACAAAAGUGUAAAACUAUCCUUUUACAAUUCCUGCAGAAGAUCAUGCAGCAGCUCCAAGUCAACAAACCCAACUUCAGUCGCUUCCUCCAGCACCAACAGUGGUUCCAACUCAAGGAACAACGGUACCAACUCAAGGAGGAACGGUACAAACCCAAGGGACUCUGGGUACCACUCAAGGGACAGUUGGACCAACUCAAAGUGACGCUCCCAAGGUUUUGGGCGACGAUCCAGGAUUCUACGAACCCAUCGGAACACCGUGCGAUAUGAAACCACCACCGAAAACACCGCUUGAACAGCCUGAUACUGAGAAAUUGUACGAAAACAUGGAUAUUCAGAAUUGA